AAUUCCUCACUCUCCUUCCUUCCUUCCUUCACUCCCCACUCUCCUUCAACCCUAACUGAAGCUCGCUUCCUCUCUGAUCCUCCAUUCCUCAAACAAUUUGUAGUGACGGUGAAGAUACUAUACGAGAUUUCGUGACUCCGAUGCAGGAGAUUCUCGGAUCGGUUCGCCGAUCCUUGGUUUUCAGGUCCACGACAUCGGGCGACGAUGGAGGAGGAUUUGGUGGCUUGGUCGAGAAGAUCGGUUCCAGCAUUCGCAAAUCUAGAAUCGGAUUGUUCGCUAAACAGCAGCAGCCGCCGGCUUUACCGGCUUGCAGGAAAGUGGAUGCUCCGCCGAUCCGGUGGCGGAAAGGGGAGUUGAUAGGCUGUGGCGCGUUUGGUCGCGUGUAUAUGGGAAUGAAUCUGGAUUCCGGCGAGCUACUAGCUGUUAAACAGGUCUUGAUUGCGGCAAAUAGUGCUUCUAAGGAGAAAACGCAGGCUCAAAUUAGAGAGCUUGAGGAAGAAGUGAAGCUACUAAAGAAUCUUUCACAUCCAAACAUUGUUAGAUAUUUGGGAACUGUUAGAGAGGAUGAUUCGUUGAAUAUUUUGUUGGAAUUUGUCCCUGGUGGUUCCAUUUCUUCACUUCUGGGAAAAUUCGGAUCAUUCCCCGAGUCUGUUGUAAGGAUGUAUACAAAACAACUUCUGUUGGGGUUGGAAUAUCUUCAUAAGAAUGGAAUUAUGCAUAGGGACAUCAAGGGGGCGAACAUUCUUGUUGAUAACAAGGGAUGCAUUAAACUAGCAGAUUUUGGUGCAUCAAAAAAAGUGGUUGAGUUGGCCACCAUUACUGGUGCCAAGUCAAUGAAGGGAACUCCAUAUUGGAUGGCUCCUGAAGUUAUUCUUCAGACAGGGCAUAGCUUCUCUGCUGAUAUAUGGAGUGUUGGAUGUACUGUGAUUGAGAUGGCAACGGGAAAGCCCCCAUGGAGCCAACAGUUUCAGGAGGUUGCCGCACUUUUCCAUAUUGGAACAACUAAAUCUCAUCCACCAAUCCCUGAUCAUCUAUCCUCUGAGGCAAAGGACUUUCUAUUAAAAUGCUUGCAGAAAGAACCAAACCUAAGGCCUACUCCUUCAGACUUGCUUCAGCAUCCAUUUGUCACUGGAGACUAUCAAGAAUCUCAUCCAGUAUUUCGUAACUCAAUUAUGGAACCUGGAAAUCUGGUGAGGAUAUCGGGGAUGAAUCUUAGAAACUCAAUAACCCCUGAGAUCAGAAGGUCAACUUGCUCUGGCUUGAAGGAUGUUUGUGAAAUGGAUAGUGUCAGGUGCUCAACUGUGUAUCCAGAAAAAUUAUUACAAACAGGAUCCUAUUCGAGGACAGGAAAUUGUGAUGAUGACAUGUGUCAGAUAGAUGACAAAGAUGAUCUUUUGUGUGGUGGAUCAGUAAGAUUCAACUCUGUGUUAGCAUCUUCUGAUUUAAAUAAGAGUUUCAAUCCCAUGAGUGAACCCACUGAGGAUUGGCCAUGCAAAUUUGAUGGAAGUCCAGAGCUGAGGACAAGUGGAAUGAACUUAUCUUCUGGACAAACAGCUGAAGCUAAUGGUAGCCUUGGAAUACCUGGUAAAGAGGAAAAUGAUUUCACCUUUCCGAGUGGGCCAUUAGCACAGGACGAUGAUGAGGAAGUUACAGAGUCAAAAAUUAGGGCCUUUCUGGAUGAAAAGGCUCUAGAAUUGAAGAAGCUGCAGACACCUCUAUAUGAAGAGUUCUAUAACACGUUGAAUGCAACUGGUCAUGCAGUUGGAACUGCAAAUGGUGAUAAUUUGUUGCCACCUAAAAGCAGGUCACCUAAACGGCUACCUAGCAGAAGAUUCUCUACAGCUCUUGAUGCUGCUAAGAUUGCUAGCCCCGGGGGUCGUCGUGAAUCAAAUGCUGCUGCUAUGCACAAUAGGGCUCUGCAGGAAAUUCAGCCACCUCAAAUAAAUGAAUUAAAAGAGAUUGUUCUUGAUUCCAAGCAGGAAACAAUUAGCCCUAGUUUGAGCUUCUCGGAGAGACAAAAGAGAUGGAAAGAAGAACUUGAUGAGGAGCUUGAAAGACAACGAGAGAUGAUGCGCCAGGCAGGUGUAUGCGGAAAGACAUCAUCUCCAAAGGAUGGGAUUCUGAUUCGACAAAGAGAACAAAUACGGUUUGCAUUUCCAUACAAAUAGGUGUAACAUGUACAAUACUUGUAUCAAGUAUCAAUUGCCUAAUGGGAAAAAAUUACGCUUUUCCAUUAGGACAGUAUGUAUGUAGUUUUUUAUGAGUGGUGUCUAAGCAGUCACUAUCCCUAUGAACAGCCAGCCAGGCAGCACAGAUUCCUCCCUGCUGCAUCAUGCCCUUGUUUGGCAAAGAAAAUUCAAGAUAAGCAUUAUUUAUGCUUUUACCCUUUUUGUUUUCUUUUACAUUGAUGUGUCUUGUUUUCAGUUUUCAGAACAAAGAAAUAAAGGUAGUUAUUAAAU